GAGUGUUUUCAAACUGUCAAAACGUCAGCCAGCGUCGCUAGUGUCCCGUAACAUCGCACUAAAAUAUAAUACAAACAUAUCCAGUUGCAAGUUUGCUGCAUUAUUUUUUUUAUCUGCAUCGUUCAGCAUUUUGGCCCUGGAGUGUUGGGGUAAAAGGGACAACCGUACCAGGUAGAAACAGAAAAUCAAUUUCGGUGAGAUUACAUAAAGCCGAGCUGCCGAGUGGUUCAGUGCCUCGCAAUCCGCAUUCUUAAAGUGCCGUUCGAUCGAUAAGUCAUACCUAAUGGAGUCUUCCUGUGAUCCGUGUGAUCACGACAGUUCCUGUUUUUACCGGCCCUCGCCUUUGGGCUUUCAUUUCGAGACGGCUGAGAGGGAGAAGCUGCUGAAUGAUAUUUGAAGCGGUCCAGCUGCAGCAAACCAUUCAUUCGCAUCAUUCACAUCCGCAAACGCUUCAAGAACAGUUACAACAGCAACAACAGCGCUUCCUAGAAGAGCAACAGGAUCACGAUCGUCAGCUUCUGCUAGAGCUUAAAUCAUUGGACUUCAGCUUGACCAGACGACUGCUAGCGGCGGUGUUUUUCCUACUUGUUAUCUACGCAUGGAAGCAGUAUAUUGACGACGAGGAAGAAUCGGACACUAUUUACAUUUAGAGUUAAACGUAUUAAAAGCUUUAUUACACAGAAGAGCUAUCGCUAAGUAACAAACAGAAAAAUGAGCACUAAAAAGGUAUCCUAUUUUUUCAAUCCGGAUGUUGGCAACUUCCACUAUGGUCCUGGGCAUCCAAUGAAACCGCAUCGGCUGUCCGUUAUCCACCAUUUAGUAAUGAAUUACGGGUUGCAUAAGAAGAUGCAAAUCUACCGGCCGUACAAAGCCAGCACACACGAUAUGUGUCGCUUCCACAGUGACGAAUACAUCGAGUUCCUGCAGCGCGUGACACCGCAAAAUAUCCAGGGCUACACCAAGUGCCUCUCGGUGUUCAAUGUUGGUGACGAUUGUCCGGUCUUCGAUGGGCUUUUCGAGUUUUGCGCUAUGUACACCGGUGCUUCGCUCGAAGGAGCACAAAAGCUUAACCAUAACCACAGCGAUAUCUGCAUUAACUGGUCCGGAGGGCUCCACCACGCGAAAAAGUUUGAAGCGUCUGGAUUUUGCUACGUGAACGACAUUGUUAUUGGCAUCCUGGAGCUGCUCAAGUAUCAUCCGAGGGUGCUGUACAUCGAUAUUGAUGUACAUCAUGGAGACGGUGUGCAGGAAGCUUUCUACUUGACGGAUCGCGUGAUGACGGUGUCUUUCCACAAGUAUGGAAAUUACUUUUUCCCCGGAACAGGAGAUAUGUAUGAGAUUGGCGCCGAAUCAGGAAGAUAUUACUCCGUGAAUGUGCCUCUAAAGGAAGGAAUUGACGAUCAGAGCUAUGUGCAAGUUUUUAAGCCGGUUAUUUCGGCGGUUAUGGAAUUUUACCAACCAACAGCAAUUGUGCUCCAGUGCGGAGCCGAUUCGCUAGCCGGUGAUCGUCUGGGAUGUUUCUCUCUGAGCACCAAAGGACACGGCGAAUGCGUUAAAUUUGUAAAGGACCUGAACGUGCCUACGCUUGUGGUCGGAGGAGGCGGCUAUACGCUACGGAAUGUGGCACGCUGCUGGACGUAUGAAACAUCGUUGCUGAUCGAUGAAACAAUUUCAAACGAAAUACCCAUGAACGACUACCUUGAAUUCUUUGCUCCAGAUUUCACGCUUCACCCUGAUAUUCCAAGCCGGCAGGACAACGCCAACAGCAAGCAGUAUCUCGAUGCCAUCACCCGGCAUGUGUAUGAUAAUUUGAAAAUGUGUCAGCAUGCACCCAGUGUCCAAAUGUUUGACAUCCCCGAAGACGCCCUCCUGGAGGAAGAUAAAGUGAAGGAGGAAUCCAAUCCGGAGACUCGAAUAUCCCAGGAAGAGGAGGACAAACAGGUGGAGCCGAAGAAUGAGUUCUUCGAUGGGGAAAAUGAUAACGACAAAAGUGAGGGCGAAACCUAGCGGUAGGCUUAUCGUAGUAUUUAAGCAGUUUAACACUCAACAGUAGUAUUUUAAGCUCAAUCGAACGAUUCCGACCGUUUAUUAUUAUACGGGGCUAGUGUGGAAGACGAAUGGUUUAUGCUUUGCCGCAUAAGUGUAGGAUUUUAAUUACCGUUAUUUAAAAAAAUUAAGCAUAUCGUAGUCAGACGAACAACAAUUUUUAUAGAUCUAGUAAUUAAACAAUUUCCGAUCGCAUGG